AUGAAUACGACGGACACUGGAAUACCGACGCAUAUCGCCAAGGUGAACGUCACGACGCCCAGUACGGCGGACGCCAGCCAGAAGCGCCGGAAACAGCCUGCGAACUUCAUGUGUCCUAUUCCUGGUUGUGGAAGCACUUUCACGCGUCAUUUUAACCUCAAAGGUCACUUGCGAUCACACGCGGAAGAAAAGCCGUUCCAAUGUAAGUGGCCGGGAUGUGGGAAGGGCUUUGCGCGGCAGCAUGAUUGCAAGCGACAUGAACAACUUCACCUUAAUAUUCGGCCGUAUCCCUGUGAGGGUUGCAAGAAGAAUUUCGCACGGAUGGAUGCCCUGAAUCGUCAUCGUGAGUCAUCUUCUCUUGGGCUCUCGAGCUUUGCAAUUGACGUGUUUUCAUUUUAG